CAAAAUUUUGCUAGUGCGGUUUGGGGCGGCCGACAUAUUUAAUUAUCAACAGUGCCUGCAGCCAGGACGCCAUUGCUCCUGCGCUGAGCUCCUUGCGCAAAGGUUGAUUUCAGAUUCACCAACUUCUGAUCGGCUUUUGAUCCAGCAUUUACGCACCUGAUUUUGUAGUCCAGCUGCUGGCAUGCAUAGGUGAUUCGCACUGUCAUCCAAGGGGUGUGGCUUUGAGGGAGAAGCUCCAAGUCCGAUACACGCAAUCGGAGCUAAUAGCUGGGGUCUAGGGUCAAGUCAAGAUGCAGGCUUUGCGCAGGAGUCUGCAUUCGUCCCUUCUUCGACAGGCGGACAUCUCUGGUAAAGGUGCACCUGCCAUUGGCGCAGCGUGGUCGUCUUUGAGGAAAUAUGCAUCAACCCCGGCGGACACGAAGAUGACGGUUCGUGAGGGGCUGAAUUCAGCCCUCGAUGAGGAGAUGGCCUAUGAUGACAAGGUUUUCAUUAUUGGGGAAGAGGUUGGUGAAUACCAGGGCGCUUACAAGAUUACCAAGGGCCUCCUUCAAAAGUAUGGCCCAGAAAGAGUGCGGGACACUCCAAUCACGGAGGCUGGAUUUACGGGACUAGGUGUGGGAGCCGCCUUCUACGGGCUGAAGCCAAUUGUGGAGUUUAUGACGUUCAACUUCGCCAUGCAGGCGAUUGACCACAUCAUCAACUCUGCGGCCAAGAGCCACUACAUGUCCGGGGGGCAGCUGACGGUGCCAAUUGUGUUCCGGGGUCCUAACGGCGCGGCGGCCGGUGUUGCAGCCCAGCACUCACAGUGUUUCGCCGCCUGGUACGGCAGUUGUCCGGGCCUCAAAGUGCUGGCCCCUUACUCGGUGGAGGACGCCAGAGGCCUCAUGAAAGCCGCCAUCCGGGACCCCGACCCAGUGGUCUUCCUGGAGAACGAAAUCAUGUAUGGCGAGUCAUUUGCAGUGUCGAAGGAGGUGCUGGAUCCGAACUUCUUGCUGCCGAUUGGAAAGGCCAAGAUUGAGCGGGAAGGGAGUGACGUCACCCUGGUGUCGUUCUCCAAGAUGGUCGGGUUCUGCUUGAAGGCAGCGGAGGAGCUGGAGAAGGAGGGGAUCAGUGCGGAGGUGAUCAACCUGCGGUCCAUCCGCCCGCUUGAUCGCGAGACCAUCAACAAGUCGGUGAGGAAGACGUCGCGGCUGGUGGCCGUCGAGGAGGGCUGGCCCCAGCACGGGGUCGCAUCGGAAGUCAUCGCGAGCGUGACGGAGGACAGCUUUGAGUACCUGGACGCCGCUCCUGAGAGGAUCACCGGCGCUGACGUCCCCAUGCCGUAUGCCGCCAACCUAGAGAAAAUGGCGGUGCCUCAGAUUCCUGAUAUCAUCCGGGCGGUCAAGCGGGUCUGCUACAGAGAAGUCCCCCAGCAGAAAGCAGCAUGAGGUGACCCUUGGUUCCAAGUACACUGACAUUAUCGUGGUUUAGGUGCUGUGCAAACAUUUGCGAUAAGAAGUCUAGCCGUUUGUUCCUUCAAUUCACACUUACUCUGGGGAACCGUAUCGCAAAAGGUUGGGACAAUCUAUUCAACUUUGACCGCUUCCCUCUCAAAUGGUCCGAGGGCUAUUACUGCACAUUUCGAGUGCUCCAGAGUUUGUGACUCUUGACUCUCGGAUCCUUAACCUCGGUUCGUCGCCUGCUCUUGACCCAGUCCCGGAAGCAUAUCUCGAGUAGCAAGCGGAGCUGCAGCUGAGCAGUUUUGGAGCUGGACCGUACUUUGCCACUCAGCCUUGUUCGUGCAUGCCCCAACGCCUUGUUACAUUUCGGUGUAAUUCAGACUGCUGCCACUACAGAUGCCCAUCCUCGUAACGUUGGUGGCAGUUGCACCCUGUCCGUGAAUUCAGAAUAGUUUCUUGCCCUGGAAUCUGGAACGGGGAUCCUAGGAAGAGCACUCUUCAAUUUGCCAGGCCUUGUGUCCGGGUACAUGGGCUUUCCCUGUAUUGAUACCUGUACAAUUGAUGCGCUGGGCAAAAUGGGCGUCCAGUUGUGAAUCUCGUCCUGGCUAGUUUGAUGACACGGAUCUGAUGGACAGCCACUGCGACAUCCGAAUUGGCAUAGGUAUGGACCUUGUACCGACGGUCAUGUGAUGGGUUGCAAGGUUGAGCAUGGUGCCCUGCUUAAGGUAGCUAACUACUGUAGCAGCAAUCACCGAACAGCAU